UUCAGCAUUUCCAACUCUUUCCUCUCUGCUGCUGGUGGCUGCUCUGACUGCGAUUUGCACGUUUCUUCUCGUCGGGACCGUAGAGAGGAACCCCGACUAGUAUAUAGUCUUAUAACCAAAGACUCGUUAACAUUGCCAUGACAGGACUGUGGUUUUAGACUGGUCCAAAUUAACGGUUGACUUGUUCGUCCUUUAGGUCUCUGUGUAGGACAAUCUGUAUGAGCUUUAAGAAUCAUUCUGAUACCUUUGACAUGGAUUAUUAUCAUACACGUGAUAAUCGCUGUCAUGGUGAAUCCUGCAAUGGUGAAUUGUGUCAGUGCAACAACUGCUCCUGUUUUAGAUUUUUGGGUUUUAUGUUUUUAUAUAGCUUAUUAGUUUUUAUGAUUUGACACAAUUUAAAAUGUCCCACUAACCGAGGACACAGUAACAGCCUUUUAAUACCAAGAAAAGCUGCUCAAACAGACGUUUUUAGAAGUCAGUAACUCCGUCAAGGGAUUCUAUGAAACAGCUAAAUUAUUGACAUGGACUUUGGUGCAGAUGCACAAUUGGAUUAGUGUGCUUGGUUUAGUUGCGACUUGUGCUGGUUUAUUCUAUACAUAGUGUUGUUUUGGAGCUGUGUGGACGUGAAAUCUAAGCUGUUUUAAAACUAAUAAAAAAAAAAAAAAUUUAAAAAAAAGACUAAACAAAAAAAAGUUUUCAAACAAGCAAAUUAAGGCCAACUCACUUACAGGCCAAGCGUUGAUAAUGAGUUCACAUAACCGGAAAUCAUUUCAUGCAGUUAAUUAAUAAUAACAAGCACGAUUUAAGGUCCGUGUCGAAAACACAAUAUUACAUAUCAUCAGAUGAUAAAUCAAAUGACCAUACAGAAGACUCACUGUUGAAUUCAUUACUCGCUUGUUCUGUUCCUAUCUGAGGUGUUAUCCGCUGAAGAAACAACACUUUAUAAUCAAUGUGGUCAGUGACGAAAGGGAAAUAUGACCAGUAGCUCAGUCAAGGGAUUCUAGAUUCUACAUACACUAUUUGCGUUCUUUCUUUCUUUCACAAGAAUAAUAUGCGAACCGCGCAUCGUGCAAACACAGGCAACGCGCGCGCAAUGAGGCGUUUGGUGCCUUUUACGCACGGUGUUACGCGGCAGGGACGCUUUAGAGCCGCGACGACUGUGAUUUCUGUGAGGAGGCCUUGCAGAGCAGCUGGCAGGCAAAUACCGUUAUCAAUGCGCCUCGGACAGACGGGGAAGCUGUAAAUACGCCUCUGCGGGGGAAUUGAUACGACCUCAUUCUGAUGUUAAUUAAAGGUUAGCGUUCGGAACACGCCAAGCUUUUAUCCACACGACAAAAUCUGUAAUUCAAUCGAUUUUAUUUAAUCAUCUAAAGGCAUAUACAUUCACGUAUGCUUAUUGUACGUGUCUUUGGCAAAAAAAAAAGUGGGUGAACAAUUUUCCUCAAAUAUAAAAGUGAAGUAACCUGAGUGUUAAGUGGGUAUACACCCCCCCCCCCCCCCCCACCACCCCACACACCUAACCUGCACAUGACAAGCCAUUUCGUAAUGUCACUGGACGUGAGCGAGAUCGCUCAUUUUCCUGCAACAUGACACCGUAGUAGAAAACAAACCAGCGGGCUGUGUGUCGCGUGGUUCACAGGAAGUUCGCUGAUUUAGGACGUAGAGUCUGAGGCAGGGUGUUGAUUUAAUGGGCAAAAACAAGGACACAUUUUUGCUCCCGCCUAUAGACCUGCCCCUGUUUCACAAACAGACUGUGUCUAAUUCACACGCGGGGGUUUAUAUUUCCAGCGCCAGGCCGUGUUUAUCCAAGAACAUGCAGAGCAUCAAUCCGAGGUCUGUGCUGCUGCGGCCUCAUAUCAUUCCAACACUCCCUCUCCGGGGAGCUUGGAAUAACUGCUAAACCUUAAACAGUAAGGUCCUCACUGUUGGAUUUCAACCGCUGGACAAACGGAGGAGAGAGAGUGAAGGGGAAGUUCACGAGGGACGUGAGACCGGGUGAGUUUGGCGCACAGUUGUGCUUUAGCAGGUAAACUGGGGUCCAAGGUGCGCACUGAGCCGCCUAUGAUACCAACAAUACGGAUGGAAAGAACUUUAAUGUGGAACCCUCACAGAGUUUUGCAACGGAGGCUGAGAGUAGAGACAGACUGGCAGUUUAUAUUAUAACUUGAAGGAGGCCAGAGGGACAGAUCAGACAGAUCAGCGGUCAGCCGACACUCCGUGCGUCACUGUAGCGACGAACAGCAACAGGGACCGGACAGGUAGAGCUGAGCAUUUAGAAACAGACCUUGCAUCCUCUGCGCACCUGGGGGGGCCUUGUGUGUGUGUGUAGGAAGAUGUCCAGAGAGGAGCAGAGCAUGUCGGACGUUGAGCUCAGUCCCGGGAUGUCGGACGACAGUCGCUCCCUGUCACCGGGCCACUCCUCCGGUGCGGCCGGCGGGGGGGACUCGCCUCUCAGCGGGCGGCAGCAGCCGCAGCCGGCGGGCCUGGACGACUCUGCGGCGGGCAGCGCGUCCAUCAAAUCCGAGGACGAGGACGACCGCUUCCCCGCGGGAAUCCGCGACGCGGUGAGCCAGGUGCUCAACUGCUACGACUGGACCCUCGUGCCCAUGCCAGUGCGCGUGAACAGCGGAAGCAAGAACAAGCCGCACGUGAAGAGGCCCAUGAACGCCUUCAUGGUGUGGGCGCAGGCGGCGCGGAGGAAACUGGCCGACCAGCACCCGCACCUGCACAACGCGGAGCUCAGCAAGACCCUGGGGAAGCUCUGGAGGCUUCUUAACGAGGGCGACAAGCGGCCCUUCAUCGCGGAGGCAGAGCGGCUGCGGAAGCAGCACAAGAAGGACUAUCCCGACUACAAAUACCAGCCACGACGCCGCAAAAGCGGAAAGCCCGGUUCUGGAUCAGGAAGUGAGGCCGAUGGCCAUUCGGAGGGUGAGGUCGGCCAACACUACAAGGGCCUCCAACUGGAUGUGUCCCUCAUUCGGCCUGCCGGGUCCCCUCUGGCAGACGGGCACCACCCUCAUGCUGCAGGUCACAGUCCUCCCACACCUCCCACCACUCCCAAGACCGAGCCUCAGUCUGGGAAGGUGGGGGAUGGAAAACGGGAGGGUGCAGGGAAUGGGGGCUCGCGUGGUGCGAUGGGAGCAGAGGGAAGCUCAGGUGCUCCGGGAUCCGGUAAACCUCACAUCGACUUUGGUAAUGUGGACAUUGGUGAGAUGAGCCACGAGGUGAUGGCCAACAUGGAGCAUUUUGAUGUCAACGAGUUUGACCAGUACCUUCCUCCAAAUGGACACCCGGGGGUUGGGCAGAGUGCUGGGGCGGGAGCGGCUGCUACACCUUCCCCAGCCUCUUCGUACACCUACGGCAUCUCCUCCGCUCUGGCAGCGGCCAGUGGACACUCAGCAGCCUGGCUGUCCAAGCAGCAGCAGCAGCAGCAGCAGCAGCUGCAACACCACAGCCCAUCUCUGGGCUCUGAUCCCUCCAAAGCCCAGAUCAAGAGCGAGGCUGGGGGUACCGGGGGUCACUUUGCAGAGGCAGGCUCAGUAGGUUCCCAUGUCACCUACACCCCCCUCAGCCUUCCUCACUACAGUUCUGCCUUCCCCUCACUGGCCUCCAGGGCUCAGUUUGCCGAUUAUGCUGACCACCAGGCCUCAGGGUCCUAUUACGCUCAUUCCAGCCAGGCCUCGGGGUUGUACUCCGCCUUCUCUUACAUGGGGCCCUCCCAGAGGCCCCUGUACACCGCCAUCACUGACCCGGCCAGCGUGCCGCAGUCACACAGCCCCACGCAUUGGGAACAGCCCAUCUACACGACUCUGUCGCGGCCAUGACAGACAACGAGACCAGAGGGCACCGGUGCCGGUUCAGCCCCCACGUCGGACCCAAGGAGCAGCGGCUACAACAGCGGUGUUGGUGGCAACGGUGGCGAAAGUGGUCUGGGCUGGGGGGUCUGGGCAGGCACUGGGGGAGUCGGCAGGGGAGGCAGGAGGGGAGAAACCCCGUUCUGCCCCUGCCCAGAUGCAGAAAUGCUGUCGCAGUCCAAGGAUGAGCUUGGAGCGUGGGGCUUUUCAGGCGCGGUUGAUUAUUUGGGGCACUCGGCGUAGAAGUGACAGAAUGUUUCACUUUACACCCAUCGCAGAGUUUCAGGUUAGAGUCACAGCAGCCAAGCCUCUGGCGCUCCAAACAACAUGACAGUAUUCACAAGUGGUUAAGGAUCAUGUCCCUGUCGGUUUUGUGUAUCAGAGGAGGCACUUUGUAGUCUACACCCUUCUUCCUCAAGCCACCAGGGGUCAGCAGCAACAGAGAACGGUACACAUUAGCAAGACUUUGAUCUCUAUAGUGAAGGGUGUGACUGAAAUGGAGCCAAAUUCAUUCUACAUGAAAUAGUUUUUUUUGUACCAGAAGAAUGAAGUGCCAAACUGCGGCCCAUUCACUUCUCAGGCAAGACUGACCUUUUAUCAAACAGAUGUUCAAUUGUAUUGCUUUUAGGAAUUAAUACAACAAAUACUGAUAUCAUUCUGUUGUGUCAGAGGCACAUUUGUCCUUAAUUAAUUAAUUCAAAUUAUUAUUAUGCUGAGUUCACCUAACAUGCCUUUUGUACAAACAACGGUCGUGCAUGGAAGCAAAAUGCCAUAAAACUAUGUUGAGGUUUUGUUCAGUGAAAUGUAUAUUUAGUAAAAAAAACAAACAAUUGUUAUGAUUACUGAUUGUUAUCAGGAUAGUUGAUACGAUGUACUUGAAAUUACAAAUGUACGUUUACUGAUGCAGACAGAUUUUAAGAUAUUUGUAAAACGACCAAAGUUUUGAGACCAAAACUUUUAAGAAAAGAAACUGAUUAUACAGACGUUUCUCCCAACGUGACAUUCAAAACUACCUUACAAUACGCAGGUCACUAGUUUUCUCAAUUUUCUUCAAUUUUUUGCCAAUGUGACUUAUUGUAAAUGCCUUAAAAACACAUUGGUGUCAAAAGCUACUUUUGCCUUUUUUUUCACAAUGGCACUGAUGAGUGCGAUGAUUUUCAUUAGUACUUGACGCAUUCAUGAAGAACAUUCAUGAAAAAAGAUAAUUCUAUUUAAACUUGCAUGAUUCAUUUUCACUGACCGUGGUCGCAAUUAGGGAUGCACGAUAUGUAUCGGCCGAUAAAAUGAUCAGCCGAUGAUGGUAAAUCUAUAUAAAUAUGUAUUAUUCCGCAAAUAAAAUUCAAUUUGAUAUAUAAUAUAUAUAUAUAUAUAUAUAUAGAGCUGAUAUUACAGAGCCAGAAUUGCUUUCAUUGACUUAACAGGCACAGCGUCUACACAAGUCAGAGCUUUGGAAUAUUAAAUCAUCCAUCUUUGCAAAGUACAUCUUCGCCAUUCUUUCACUCAGGUGUGCAAAAUAAAAUACAAGUUAUGAACUUCCUUUUAAAAUACAAAAAAAUGGGAAAUGAUCGGUUAUGUUAUCGGUAUCGGCCUUGAGAAGCAGGUAAUUAUCGUACCAGCUGUAAAACAAUCCACAUCGUGUAUCCCUCGUCUCAAUGCGUCAUAGAACACACGGUAGAAGCUUUUUCUUUGUUUUAACUAUUAACUGUAUUAAUAUUGUUAAAUUGUUUUUGCCAUUAUUAUCUUCACUGAAAAUCUGCACCCUGCCUUUUCUUUACCUUUUGUGUGUGAUUUAAAAUGCGUAUCAAUAUUUAAUAUGAAAUGUCAGAUCUUUUGAUACUUACUUUAACAUUUUUCUCUUUUUGUUGCAUUUUGAGGACAGUUUCAAUGUGGGAGAUGCCAAAUACUGAGAAACAGUUGCCAGAGAUUGAGCGAUUAAAUCUUCUAGGAGAAAUAAGUUUUAACACAGCCUGAUAUUAAAUACAACAUGCGCCCGGUCCUUUAAAAAUACCUGCCGCUCACUUAUGAAACAGAAGUAUUUUAUCUUAAAUCAUGUUUGUGUCUUUCCCAAUUGUUGGACUAUUAGUUAAACUAGUUUUGCAUGAAGUGUUUUUCUUUGGUCUUUAUACAUUAUACAUUUCCACAUGUCAUUUCUUUCCCUCAUGUCCUAAACAGAACUGUAUCUUAAGUAUCUUAUUUUCCAUCUGGGAAAGUGAAAAAAAAAACAAAAAAAACGUUCAUUUAUUUUUGCUUUGUUUUUAUGUAUAUCACUCAAAUAUUCUUUAUCACUACUGGAUGCAGAUCCGAACCAUAUGCAUGCAGCACUGCUUGUUUUGAUUCAUACUCCAUCGACGCUUAAAGCCCAUUAUCAUUUAACCAUUUACCUCCAGCACAGCAAGCAGAGUUCAUUGUACAUCAUUGUUGCUACAUGUGAAUGUGUUAUAUUGCUACGAAUUUUGCUAUUUAUAUUUGUUUUAUGCUUGUGUUUGCGCCGUUAGUUGUUCCUCUACCAACACGAGGACGACGUGUUCGACCGGUACUGCCAUUUUAGUAUUUCAUAGUCUCCAUCCUUGUAUAACUGUUGCCAGCACAGCACAGCAACACGACUUCUAAGUAACAGCAGGAGCGAAAGCCUAAACAUGUGAUGAUGACUAUGACCUUUUACGCUCAUUUGAAAUAAAAGCUCUAUUAUUUCUGCUUUGAUAAAA